AUGGUAGCUUGGGCAGCUUUAGGCGCAAUGGGAACAAAAGCAUUAGCAUUUGGAGCAAAAGCACUUGGAGCUUAUGACGCAGUAAAUAAAAUGAGUGGAGGAAGGGUUUCGAAGACAUUAGAUGCAAAUAAAGGGAAGAUUGGAGGCUGGGUUGCAAAGAAGUUAAGAUUAAAUAAAAUAGGGCUCAUAAAUAAAGCAUCCAAUUUGGUUGCGACUGAGUCAGAAAAUGCUUUAGGAAAGGACGAUGAGUUUGCAAAACACGCAAAAGACUUUAAUGACCAGAUGAAAGGUGAAACAAUGCAUUUAAAUAGAGUCGAUGGAACUAAAGAAAAUUUUUCUUCUCCACCAGCGGUUUAUCCAUACGGACCUUAUGGAAUGUAUGGAAACCCUUA